AUGGCAGAGGAAAAAAAGCUAGGUGUCACUCAUAGUAUAAGGGAGAAGCUUAAUUUUUUGGAUGAGAGGCUCUGGAAACGCUUUUCUGCCCGAAGGCUCGAGCUUAUAGAUACCCUUGAUCUCAGCUCGAGGAAGGCGAGUGAGCAGGAAGAUGAGAUCAAGAAAGUAGCAGAGAUUUUGCGGUUGGAAUUCAAGUUCGAUCAGCGAUAUAUUGGGGAUUUUGAUAAGCUUGUUCGUGCUGCAGUGCAGAGUGUCAGGAGAAAUCGUAAACGGUCUACGAAGCUGAAACGAAGCAAUGGCGUAAAAAGACUGAGAAUGUCCUCGGAAGGUUCCAUCGACAGUGUAGUGAAGCUGGAGAACAGGACUCCUGAGCCAAGCAGGAAAGAUGAUGACCGGUUUCUUUCCGAAAUUACGAGACUCAAUACUGAUGCAAAUGAUGAAGUAUAUGAUAUGAACUACCCAAGGACAAAGUCUAUAACGAAGCAAGACCAGUCGAGGGUGGCAAUCGGCACACUCAUUCAGCCGGUCUCUUCAUCUGGGAAGUCAGAAUCUCGGCCCCAUUUAGGGGUCAUGCUCCCGCCAUUGUCUGAUACCAACACGCCAGGUCCUCAGGCCCAGGCUGAAAAUGAGAAGGAGCUCCAAGCGAUUCGUCUAUCUCUUUUGCUCUUGAUAAAGCGGUCGAGACUGUGUCUUGAGUCUACAACGAAAACUAGAAACGACUUUCUUCGCCGCCUUGGACAAAACUCCAUCGCUGCAAUUGCCGCCCUUGUGUUUGAAAAAUCCUUCAUCAAUCUUAAUCAAACCUCCAUAGACUACUUGCUGGAGAAACUUCUACUGCAUCCGUUCCUUGCACAGUUCUACCGCAGCCUAGAGCCGGAGUCAAUUGUAAAUAGGUCGCUCGACGACGAGACGGCGUCGUUGACUCUUCAAACGCUCAUUGGUUGUUGCAUAAAAGAUUUCGGAUUUGACCGAAUCUUAUACCCUCUAGGCGAAGCUUUCUACAGAAGUAUUCUUUUGGAAUACCCCUUGGUGCUGAGCUCGUCGCAGCCAUUUCUUCGAGCAGAUCUUGAGAGCUUUCAACAGCCUGCCUCAGUGGAAAUCCCUCCACCACUGCAACAAAACGGGGACUUUUCCCUUACUAAUUUGGCUGCUGUGGCCACAGAGCUCAGAAGUCACAACAGACCUCCUUCUCCGGAUCUGUCAAUGGAUAAGAAGCUGGUGGUGCUUCGAUUCUUGUCGUCCUCGUUGCGGUUCACCUAUCCUACCAAGCAUUCUGCGCCACCACGUUUCGUAGAGAUCAUGGAAAACGCUACGCAGGCGUUCAAGCUCAAUGGUAACCAAAUCUACGGUCUUCGAAACUGCAAAACUGGCGCCUACGUGACUUGCGACUUCGAGCUCGAGAAGAUCUUCAAGCACGAAGACAACAUUGAGCUUGAGAUUUUCCCACAACUGAUGCCCGCUAUCCCCAUAUACAAAAUGGCAAACACCAUAACGCCUGCUAGAUACUCGGAUGACACACCACGAAUAAUUUUGCCUCCACCAUACAAGCAAUCUCCCACAGCUCCCCCCGUCAUUCCUGAACCGAUCAUCCCGCCGCCCCAGGCUCAGGCAACACAGGCGACUCAUAUAUCAAGUGGGCUGAACUCGAGGCCCAGAACUCCUCUUCUUCCGAAAUUCCAGCCACUUUUAUAG